AUGGCAGCACGACACACGCCCCGACACACCUACAUACACCUCCCAAAGGAGGUGUUCUUUGAACUGUUCCUGACUGACUCCAUCAAAAACAUAGUGGUAAACAUGACCAACUUGGAAGGGAAACGGGUCUACAAAGACAACUGGAAGGAGGUAACCCAGACAGACAUGAACGCAUACAUGGGUGUUUUGAUUUUGGCUGGUGUGUACAGAUCCAGAAAUGAAUCUACCAGCAGUUUAUGGGAUGCAGAGUCUGGUCGGACAAUUUUUCGGGCCACCAUGUCACUCCAGAAAUUUCACAUGCUGUCACGGGUGAUUCGCUUUGACAACCGUGAUACAAGACCAGGCCGUCGUCAACAAGACAAACUGGCAGCAAUCAGAGAGGUUUGGGACAAGUGGGUAGAGCGCCUGCCACUCAUCUACAACCCAAGUCCAAACUUCACAGUGGAUGAGCGCCUUGUCGCUUUUAGGGGACGCUGCCCUUUCAAACAGUACAUGCCAAGCAAGCCGUCUAAAUAUGGCAUAAAGAUAUGGGCAACAUGUGAUGCCAGUACAAGUUAUGCCUGGAAAAUGCAAGUUUAUACUGGGAAAUCUGCGGACGGUGUUCCUGAAAAGAACCAAGGGAAGCGUGUGGUUCUGGAGAUGACUGCAGGUCUCAAGGGACACAACAUAACGUGUGAUAACUUCUUCACCUCCGACACUCUUGGUCAGGAACUGCUCCAAAAAAAAUUGACCAUGGUGGGAACGAUCAGAAGAAACAAGCCUGAGCUGCCUCCAGCCUUACUUGCUACUCAGGACAGGGAUCGUUUUUCCUCCAGAUUUGCCUUCACCGAUACUCACACUCUUGUGUCCUACUGUCCAAAGAAGAGGAAAAAUGUGCUCCUGAUGACAACUCUGCACAGGGAUGCCGCUGUGAGCACCAGGGAGGACAAGAAACCCAAUGCCAUCCUGGAUUACAACAGGAACAAAGGCGGAGUUGACAACCUUGAUAAGGUUACUGGCACAUAUUCUUGUCAGAGGAAGACAGCACGUUGGCCCAUGGUGGUGUUUUUCAACAUGUUAGAUGUGUCAGCGUACAACGCAUUCGUGCUGUGGAUGGAGGUGAAUCCAAGAUGGAAGCAGGGGAAAUGUUUCAAGAGGAGGCUAUUCCUGGAAGAGUUGGGGAAAGCCAUGCUAGCACCCUCCAUUCAACAACACCAACACCUUCCCCGAACGCCAGCCUCUGCAGGAUUGGUGAGAGAGAUACAAGGCGGAGAGGCGAGAUCACCUGCUGCAAGAGAGAGAGGUGACAAAAGGAAGAGGUGCAGUCUAUGUGCGCCAAGAGAUGUAAAAACAAGCAUGACGUGCCAAAAAUGCAAUGCAUAUGUGUGCAAGGCACAUGCAACAACUUGCACAUAUUGUCCAAAAUGUGCAUGAGAAGUUUGAGUCAACCCACUCCAAGUUUAGAAGCCUGAUUUUUAACAGUUUUCAGUUGUUUUUCUGUUAUUAGGCAAAAACAAAUCUGAUAGAGUGAUGAAUAUUGUAAUGUUAUUGUUCUUGUUAGUUGUUCUUUAAUGUAUUAAGACAUCGAUCUUGUAAUAUUGGGAAA